ACAGCACACCUGGAGCUUUAGCAAGGUACGGACGAACGUGUUUCCUUUCCCUCUGACCGAGUGUGUGUGUGUGUGUGUGUGCCUUAUCAUGACGUUUUCUUUUGAUCGUUGCGAUUUGUACUUUUGCCGGCCAGUCUGCGUUGCCGCAGCAGUGCUUUGCAGCCUGCCGCUUGGCUUGCAGGGUUGCGGGCCAUCGUCAAGGGUGUCGGUCAGUACCACACCUGGGGCUCGAUGCGAUCUGGCAACGGUGCCGGUUUGCUGGUUCCGAGAGUCCAGACGCCUGGACUUGCUGGUUUGGUGCCGGGCUUUGGCU